AUGGCUUGGUUGUUUAGAGGACCUAGUAGAUACGCUAAUCCUUACCAAAAAUACGAUAAUGGUCAAUGCAUGAAUAGUUAUAGCACAUUAAAAGAUGACAUUUAUCAAAGAAUUGAUGGAUAUAUAAACAGUGAUUUUAGUGAAGAUGAAAAAGUAAAAAAAUUUAGAAGUAUAUGUAACAAUAAAUGUAAGUGUCAUAUUAAUGUAGAAUCUAAUGUUAAUACAAAUCCGCCAUUAAAAAGAACAGGUAGAGUUGAACCCUGUAAAGGAGGUACAAAUUGUAAGACAGAAAAAGUAAAAACAAAAGAAACAGCAGGAAAAGCCAAAUUACGAUCAAAAUUGGACGGCCAAUCCUCAAAAGCAGUUAGUUUACAAAGGCCAAUAGCACAAAAUACAAGUUCAGAACAUGCUCGUAGAGAAGAAUCCAAUAAACAGAGCGAAGUUCUACCUGAUCAAUCAGGUGUGAAGACUCUCCCAAAUUCUAUUAAAAGCAAAGAUGAUGAACCAGAAUCUGUAACUAAUAAAGAGUCUAGUACAUUUGUAAAAGGAAGUACCUAUACACAAGCUUUGCCUGACAUAGGGGGUAUACUACCUAGAGAACUAAAUCCCCAAGAAGAAGAUUCUCCAUCACAAAGCAGUGCUGUUAGGGAAUCUGAUGCAGAGGGUACAUUACAAGUCAAUAAUCCAAGUAAUGGUCUUCCUCAAAAUAAUUUAUCUGAGGAUCAAACUAUAGAUGCUAAUCACCGUAAUAUACAAACACAUCAAGUUGGAGAUGUUGAUAAACAGGAUCAUAAGCUUCAAAUCGAUUCUACAGAACAUUCUGAUAGAGUAUCUCCGCUUGGAAGAGAUUCUGUUUCUGUAAAACUUGACGACAAAGAUAAUAUUAGACCAGGCACUAAUGACGUAGCACAUGUCCCCAAAGCUGGUGGUCUUUUAGAUACCGAGAAAGAAAACUUUGUUAGUGCAUCAUCCGAAGGUGUAUCUUCUGGUGAUACAAGUCUUAAUGGUAAAACUUAUGAUGAAGGUGUUGGUGGUGCAGCGAAUGGUAGAGAAAUUAAAAAUGGUCAAGAACUUGGUAGUGAACAUUUAUGUAUUGGAACACCUUGUAAUGCAGAAAAUGGUAGUGGAUUAGUUACUGAUAAUGAUAAUCAAUUAGACAUUUUUAGUAAAUUUUUCGAAGCAAUAUCAAAUAAAGAUCACAUCAUACAGGCUUCAGCACCCAUGGGAAUUGUUCUGCUCUUGGCCCUCCUUUUUAAAUACACUCCUUUGUGGAGGGUUCUUACUAAAAAGAAUAGGAAGAAAGGAGUAGGUAUCAAUGAAGAAUUGAAUAGUGUAAUACAAGAACCUUCAAUUAUGGAUGACGAAAGAAGUAUCCCAUUUUCGUAUGGCGCUUUUGAAUAUUCAUCAUUUGAUCAAAAUGUAUAUUAA